AUGUUAGAGAAUGAAAAACAAAUUCACAUAUCCAGCGUAGUUUUAGAAUACCAAGAGCUUGUUAACUCACUUUUUGGCCCAUACAUCGGCCAUUCCUGCACUAAUGAAACUAAGGGGUACAAAUCGAAACCAGAUAGCAGUAUCCUUAAUAUUAUCAGGAAAUGUACCACUCAGCCUAUAAUACAAUUACUUGCGGAAUAUCUAAAAAAAAACUCACAACUUACAGGUAACUUUACGGGUUUUCUUACAAUAAUCUUCUACCCUCACAUUAUUCAAUUUUUGAAGGCGUUUAACUCACGCCUCACUAUAUUAAUUAAUAAAGACAAUUAUAUACACACACACAAAUCACUUGUUUUUUAUAAAUGCUAUGAAAAGCUUAAACUAAUGCCUAUUGAACCCCUUGAAUUGACCAAUGAUGUAAUAGAUUUUUUGGAAUCCAUUUUAGGGUUUAUACAGAACGAAUUGCACACGAUUUCACAUAUGCUUUGUGGUAAUUCGGACUUAGAAAGUGUUAAGAUUGCAAGGUGUUCCAUAUACGCUUGCUUUGAUAUUUAUGGAUAUAUUUCUACGAUAAUUGGCAAUUCACUAAGUGCAUCGAUGACCAAUGAACAAGCUAUUGACAUCACUAGCUACCUUACCGAGGAGCAUGUUAUCUAUAUCAACAAAGCUGUGGUCCGAAUAACUACUAUCUGUACUGAAAAGACAUGGGUUGAUCCGGACUUUAUUAGUUCAAUGUGGUUUAACCAUACAGUAUCUCACUACAUUAAUAUGUGGAUGACCUUGAUUGAUAUAACUUCACAUGUUAUUGAUGAUAACCCUAAGUUUGUCACCAACUGCUUCAAUGUAAUAGAUACUGACAUAAAGAUAUAUCUAGAAUUUUGGUCAUUAAGUCAACCUGCCAUUUUGCAUGCGGUAAUAAAGAUUUUGUUCAUACUUUUAAAUCAUUGUAACGAUAGACUAGAAGCAUUAAACACAAAACUUAUCAAUGGCAUGAAUGAAAAUAUGAUGAAAAUUAUUGCUAUUAUAAUAUUUUACUCAAAAACGAUAGGGAAUAUGAUGACAACAGUAUGUAAAUAUAUCAAUGACAAUAUUUUAUUUCAUGGCUACCUUGCCAUCCCAGUUACACAUCUAUUAAUUAAAACGGUCAAAAUGUCUAGAAGCAGUAAUUGUUCCGAAUUUGAUAGCAUUGAUAAUCUCAAAUUGUUCAAUAUUUGUUUUUUGGCGCUUGAAAAUUUGCUAACCAUAUACCUAUUCAAUUUCAACUACCACAACGAUACGAGCAGGCUAAUAAACGAUUUUAGACACAUAUAUAUGAUUUUAAUUGAAGAAUCAGGCGGAGAAUCUCACUUUCAAAUCUUCAUGCUGAGGUUAUUUCUCAAUAAAAUUUUGGAAGAGAAUAACUUAUUGGUACUUGAUUCUAAUAUAAUUGGGAUAGUGUGUGAAAUUAUUGAGAGUAUUACGAGUAACAAAGUACCAAUUGACAGAAUGAACAGCAACUUUUUCCCUGACCUAAGCUCUGAACAUACUGGAAAGUUGCAAAGUAACAUAAUUAACUACUUAACCUUUCCCUGCGACCUUUUUACCCUAUUGAUAAUUUCUCUUCUUAAAAACAGUUUCUAUUGUAACUGUCUGAUCACUCUUUUGUUUGCCUGGAGUAAAUCAUGUUCUCCUCUACAUAUGCUUCUAAGCGAAGUUAUUUGGCGUUCUUUGGGCGAAUUUUACUCAAGGAAUUACAACGAUAGCAGCUACAUUAUUAUACUAGAUGCCCUACUCAUUCUAUGCCUUGAAAGUGACGCUGAGACAUAUUUUAACAUAGAGUCAGAGCUUGAAAAGUUCAUAUCCCUUCAGUUAGUGCUUCCUCCUUCUCAACAACAUUUAUUUGCCUGUCUCAAGCAGUUUUUGUCUAGUUUUGACAUCAGACACCCAGUCGCUGAUCUCUUGCUCCGAGACGUAAUAAUGCCUUAUAUGAAUUCCAUUCGCCAGUCACUUAGGCCUAUCAUUUCCGACCAUGUAUAUGAUAAUAUAGGUAUUGAUAAAGAAGAAAUUUGCCACCAUAAACAGCAUAAAUCAAUUUUUCAUAUUUCUUUUAUUUCCUCUAAUGCAGAUAAUGAUGGAUGUAUGAGUGAAAUGGAUAGAUUUUUGAUUAAUAAAACAAACCACUUGAGUAAUCAUGCAAUAAAGUAUGGCCCUUCGUUUACACUUUUUUUGAAUCUUUACCGUUCGAUACCAAACGGUUGGUUUCAGGCCAUACUUCUUAAUAUUGAUCAAAGUGACAGUGAUCUGGACAAUUUGGAAGGAACUAUCUCUAGUUAUGUUGAUUCGUUAGACAAUGGAUCAACUAUAGGUACAAGAAAAUACAUUGCGUGUAUCGCCAAAACGGUUAAUGCAUUAUUUGUGACAAUAGCUGACUACAUAAAAACUCUCUAUCAAAAUGGUAAUUACCAGAAGACUAUCGUACUUUUGUGUUUGUGUAAUCAAUUACUCUUGGCACAGAGCGAGAUAUAUCCAAAAAUAUUCAUCUUUGAUACGAAGCAGCUUAUAUUCUACUUUGCUAUAUUGGGCUCAGAAGAAUGUUUUUUAAGCAAUAUAAAUUUCAAAUUAUACCCUAGUUUGCUUUCAUCCAGCUUGAUUGCUCUGACACGUAUAAUCAACACUUUGGAUAUAAAGGAUACAUUUCCCCUAACCCAUGUUCAGGAAUGCAUAGUUGAAAUAUUUUUUUCUAGCAUCGGAACUUUUGUGAAUGUUUAUCCAGGAAUUCUUGAGGAUUUCUAUCUAAUACUUAGCUUUCGCGACACGCCGUUGAUAAUGGUGAUCAUAAAGCACAUUGAAAAAGCGGCGCUUAGCAUCUAUGAGAUCAUGAAUCCAGGCUACAGGGCGGUUGCCUUAUACGGAUUAUUGAAGUUUUGGAUUGAAAACAUAGAAAAAUCGCAAUUUAAGAGUAAAACAAUGGAGUAUAUAUUAUCAGAAUACAUUAGAAAUAGCUACACAGGCGACAUUAGGAGUGCCAAUGAAUUAUUCAUGGAAUACACUAAUAGGGUGGAUGUUUGCGGUAACUUAUUGGGAAAAUAUGGACAAGGGGACAAAAAGCAUAAGAUGGAACGUCUUUUGAGUGCCUCAGAAGACUGUUUGGACAAUAUGAUGGAUGUAGGUGAAUUUGACCUGACACAAUUACCCAAACUCAAAUGCUUGAUUAACGAAGCGCUGUACAUUGUCCAAAACUAUCGCAGAUACUUGCAUAAUAUAGAAUAG